UGUUCUCUCUUGCUUUCUAGGACCACGCUGUGCGAAUGAGUGAUUGAUGCCAACUUCGCGUCUUCAGGGCAGAAUGGGUGUGUGUCCCCUGCUCCUGCUGCUCGGUCUAGCCCUUGGGGCCUCAGCCCAGGAUCAUGUCUCCAUCCCAGAUCCUCCCAAAGCCGAUGCCAAACCCACAGACCUCCCCGCCGCACCCUCCCUCAACUUUACAGUCGCACGCACACAAGCCCCCACAAGCCCACCCACAACGCUCGCCCCCACAGUCAUCCCGGUGACGACGACAACAACAACAAUAACAACAACCACAAGCCCAGCUGGUGAGGAGGACGUGCAACUGGCGGGUCCCAAUGCCACUAUGCAGGCGUUACCAGUCCCCGCUGCCCCACCUGCAGCUCCAACUGAUGCCCUUCAGGCACCACCGAGCACAGAGCCUCCCCCUAUUCCCACCCCGGCUGGGGGAGACAACGGGACCGCAGCCUUAGACCUAGACACCCCAACUCCAGAGACCAAUGGUGAGGAGUAUAAAUACCCUGUAGAGACAGAAACCACCACAGAACCUGGGAUGGAUUUCACCUCAAACAACAGCCCACAUGACAACAACCAGUCUGAUGACAUGCCAAUCAUAGCGGUCAUGGUGGCCCUGUCCUCCCUGCUAGUCAUCAUCUUCAUCAUCAUCAUCCUCUACAUGCUCAGGUUUAAAAAGUACAAGCAGGCGGGAAGCCAUUCAAACUCCUUCAGACUGACCAAUGGUAGAUCAGAUGAUACAGAACUCCAGAGCGUCCCGCUAUUGGCCCGUUCGCCCAGCACAAACAGGAAAUACCCGCCUCUUCCCGUCGACAAGCUGGAGGAAGAAAUGAAUCGUCGCAUGGCUGAUGACAACAAGCUCUUCAGGGAGGAGUUUAAUGCACUGCCAGUCUGCCCGAUCCAGGCAUCAUGUGACGCUGCUUCCAAGGAAGAAAAUAAAGAAAAGAACAGAUAUGUCAACAUCCUGCCAUACGAUCACUCCAGGGUGCAUCUUUCAUCUCUGGAGGGAGUCCCCGACUCUGACUUCAUCAACGCCUCCUUUAUAAAUGGUUACCAAGAGAAGAAUAAGUUUAUUGCAGCUCAAGGGCCGAAGGAGGAAACGGUAAAUGACUACUGGCGGAUGAUCUGGGAGCAGAACACAGCCACCAUUGUCAUGGUGACCAAUCUCAAGGAAAGAAAAGAGUGCAAGUGUGCCCAGUACUGGCCGGACCAGGGCUGUUGGACAUACGGGAACAUCCGCGUGUCUGUAGAAGACACAAUGGUUCUGGUGGACUACACCAUCCGCAAGUUCUGCAUCCAGCAGGUGGGAGAUGUGUCUGGGAAGAAGCCUCAGAGGCUCGUCACCCAGUUCCACUUCACUAGCUGGCCAGACUUCGGGGUGCCCUUCACCCCAAUUGGCAUGCUCAAGUUCCUCAAGAAAGUCAAGAAUUGUAACCCCCAGUAUGCCGGGCCCAUUGUGGUCCAUUGUAGCGCGGGCGUGGGGAGGACAGGUACCUUCAUUGUGAUCGAUGCCAUGUUGGACAUGAUGAUCGCAGAGAAGAAGGUGGACGUGUUUGGAUUUGUCACCAGAAUCCGAGCCCAACGUUGUCAGAUGGUCCAGACUGAUAUGCAGUAUGUGUUCAUCUUCCAGGCGUUGUUAGAACACUACCUGUACGGAGACACAGAGCUGGAGGUGACCUCUCUGGAGUCCCACCUGGCCAAACUCUACUCCCCCUCACCUGGAGCUGGCUGCAGCGGUCUGGAGGCUGAAUUCAAGAAACUGACAUCCAUCAAGAUUCAGAAUGACAAGAUGAGAACAGGCAACCUGCCCGCCAACAUGAAGAAGAACAGAGUCCUACAGAUCAUUCCAUAUGAGUUCAAUAGAGUGAUCAUUCCAGUCAAGCGAGGAGAGGAGAACACCGACUACGUCAAUGCCUCUUUCAUUGAUGGGUACCGUCAGAAGGACUCAUACAUGGCGAGCCAGGGCCCCCUGCAGCACACCAUAGAGGACUUCUGGAGGAUGAUCUGGGAGUGGAGAAGCUGCUCCAUAGUCAUGCUCACCGAGCUGGAGGAGAGAGGACAGGAAAAGUGUGCUCAGUACUGGCCCAGUGAUGGAGUGGUGGUCUAUGGGGACAUCUCCAUUGAGAUUAAAAGGGAGGAGGAGAGCGAGAGCUACACAGUGCGUGACCUCCUGGUCACCAACAACAGGGAGAACAAGGCUCGAGCGGUGCGUCUGUUCCAUUUCCAUGGUUGGCCAGAGGUGGGCAUCCCCACAGACGGUAAAGGCAUGAUCAACAUAAUUGCUGCAGUGCAGAAACAACAGCAGCAGUCUGGCAACCACCCCAUCACUGUGCACUGCAGUGCUGGUGCUGGCCGGACAGGGACUUUCUGUGCGUUGAGUACAGUCCUGGAGAGGGUGAAGGCAGAGGGCAUCCUUGAUGUCUUCCAGACAGUCAAGAGUCUCAGACUGCAGAGACCCCACAUGGUGCAGACACUGGAGCAGUACGAGUUCUGCUACAAAGUGGUCCAGGAGUAUAUUGAUGCCUUUUCUGACUACGCCAACUUCAAGUAGGCACCUGCCAUGGAUGGAUGGAUGUUUGCAUACACUUUAUACAAGCAUAAUGCGCACACACACACACACACACACACACACACACACACACACACACACACACACACACACACACACACAUACACACACACAUACACAUACACAUACAUUCCCAUUUGAUGGAUUUUCAAAAAAAGACUCACAAUGAGAUCUGUGGAUGGGAUGAACUGCUCCGAAGGAAAAGGGAACAGAGGCCUCGGCCCGGAGGACAGGGCAACGCAGUCAGAGAAAAUAACGGAGAUGCCUUCUUGAAUAUUUUGUAAUAUUGGUCUUGUUAAUACAGCCCAUCACCCCUUUUUUCCUCCCAUACCUCCCCCCAUAUGUAGAUAUACUUACUGUGUUGCAUCUUCUUACUUGGUUUCAGACACAGUUUUGAGUUUGGCUGCAUUUUUCGGGUGGCAUCUGUAAUGUACUUUAUUGGUAUAUAAAUAUAUAUGAAUAUAAAUCUAAAGCUUUGGAGGCUAACUUUAAAAAACAUCCAGAGUCAAGGUAAUGAUAUUUGGAGAUUUUAUUUUUAUUUUUUAUUUUUUUUCUCUUACUAUUUAGGGACCGAGACUUAAAACAUUUUUGGCUUUGCUGGAGUCACGGUGUAGCAUUAUGUGUGGUAGCAGAACCCUGAACAUUUACAGAACCUGGACUGUUUUUUACUCCUAGACAUCCAUACUGUGUACACGCGCACACACAAGCAAAUCCAUGUUUCUUUUCGCAGAUUAAGUACCAUCUAUCGAGCCACUUACAGUUUCUCCCCUUAAGCUUCUAGAGGUCAGGGGUUCAAAGGUUACGAUUGGAGAGCAGAAUCUCUGUGAUGUAGCACAUAGACUCAGGUUGACACACACACACACACACACACACACACACACACACACACACACAUAUAUUUAUAUAUACCCUAAAUACCAGGAGCCAUUAAUUUUUUCCAGUCUGUGUGUGUCUUUUGUUUGAACUGGACCAUAGGCAGGCAGAGAAGCCGCAGUGUUCAUCAUUCACUCAUUGGUUAUGCAGCUCUGGAGUCGAGACACUCUUUUUAAUUUAUUUCUUUUUUUUUUAGUCGAGAGACACUCAACCGGAACGUGUUUAGACAUUCAGUACAAGAAAGCUAUUUUACCGUCUACACUUCUGUAGCCAACACAUUCUUGAACUAUGACAAGAAAUUGGGAAUUUAGAAAAUAAACAGAUUGUUAACAGAUAAAUACAGAUUGUUUUUAACCCCAUACAUUAUAACGUUUAAGGAAUUGGUCAAGCUUUAAUGUAAAAUCUCUAAAAUGAUUUAUUAUUUCAUUUUAAGGUCUGUUACAGUAUCAGCAGCAAUGAUGAUGAUCAUGUUGACAAGCCAAACCACAAACGAUGCAAUCACAAGUGACUCCAUUAUUGCAACACAGAAAUCAAAUGUUAUAUACCCAGCGUAUUUCUUUUCGUUGUUUACAGACACACGUCAGUAUUUCUUAUAGAUUGUAUUGAACAUUUCUUUUCUGGAUGGGUUUCCUUUGAGUCUGCAUGAAUUAUUGACUGUCCUUUCUCAGUUUUUAUAUCAGCCUCACAUCACUACGCUGUGCUGUCACUCGUUUAAAGGAUGGUCCCCUUUUAUUUACCACCAUGAACACUGAUGCCGAAGAAUGUUUCUUUUUAUUCGAAUGCUGUUUCUAACAUAUUCCUCAGAAAUGGAUGCAUUGUUACUUUAAUAGUGGAGGUGUGCCAUGCUAUGUUUGCUAUAGUGUUUUUUUUUUUUGUGUGUGUGUCUUGUGAGGACAUGAACUACAGUGUUUUGUUUUUUUAUAGAUGAGAUCACAAUUGACCAUACCCAGUAUGAUUGUAAAGAUAUCGGAUAACCACAGGUCUUCAGGUCAGUCCUAAUUUCAAUUUGGUCAGCUCAGGAAAUGACUGAUGACAAAUUCUCGUUUCAAUUGACAAAUCUGAACAAAUUCAGCUUGAGUUAAUCUCCACAGCGUUCAAAUGGUUUUAACUCCCACCAGAGGAAUAUUCAAAUCAAGCCUCAUCUGGAUUUUUACAAAUUUUAAUGCCAUGAUUGUAGAAAUUAUGUUUCUUUUAGGAGUUUUCCAGCUAGAUUUUAACUGAAAACAGCCCCAUACUUGUACAUAAUUUGCAUCACACUAGCUAAUACAUUACACUAACACUCUCAUAUGUAAUUACUUUUACAGAAUGAAAGGAGCACAAUCACAUUUAAUUUAUUGUCAUUAAAAGUACAUGCUGAAUUUUCAGAAAGGGUGAUUGCGUCAAUGUUGAUUGUUUGAACACUCAUGCACUAUUUUGCACCAAAAGCAAACUCGAUGACAUGGCCUCGAUAUUGGAGCACGGGAACUAUAUUUGAACUCUUGAGAAGCUCUUUCAGGUCUCAACGCCCCGGGAUAUUUGUAGGGACUUAAAGUAGCAGAUAUUUGAAAUGACCAGUCACUGAAUUCCAUCGCCAUCAUCACUUCAGGUCAUCUUUUGUUCCAAAGCAUCACAAGUGCCCGCACAAUUAGUUAGGUGCCAUUUUUUUCAUUUAUUUACUUUGUCACUUAUUGGGACUUUAAUUAAUGGAAGAGAGGAUGCUUUUUUUUGUCCGGCUAUUCUGCCUGUGCUUAAAUGAUGUCGGUUUGUUGUGUUUGUUUGGAUCAUGCGACUUUUUGUCUCACCGCAAUUGGACAGCAAAUCACGACACCGUGCCAAGCCAUGAGACCCGCUAUUUUGCUAUUAUAGUGAACUUUAAAAAGUGCCUCACUAAUAGAUUUUCAAAAAAAAUACUUUAUGUACAAUAUGUGGUGGAACUUGUCAUCCUUAAGGCUGUUCUUUGCAUAUUCCCAACUCGCAUAUAUAUCCUCAACUAUCACCUGCAGACUGAUGACAAACCUCUUUGUAUGACAAAUCAAUAGGGCCAAAACCAAAACUGGGUCAGUCAUUAUUCUUUUCACAUUCCCUCUAGUCGCAUAUACGUAGAUUCCUUGAUUGUGCAGAUCAAACUAACAUUGAGGUCCCUUUUUAAUUAAAUUCCAUCUUGAUUUAAGAAGACAUACUUUAUUAUUAAUGAUUUAGUGGCUUCACGUCAUUCCAUUUAACUUAAAUGUGGGAUCCAUGACAAGUAAUCAAUUGUGGCACAAACAAAAGUUCAUAAUUGUUUCCCACAACAAGUACAAUUGCAUCUUUUAUGCUUUAUCACCAAGGGAAACCAGCUGUCCCUGUUUCACGCCCCUUUAUUUCUGGAGCUUUGCCCCAGUGGAGCAUUUUGAACGCCCCGAAAGAUUAAAAUACGUCUCCAUUUCUGGAGUGUUAAACAGGAGGAAGACUAGAGUCCAUCCCUGCUCUUUUCCACCUUUUUUAUAUGUCCUUUCUGUCUCCUGUCCAACUCCCACUCACUGCUGUCCACUUAUCGCUUUCUUUUCCUCUUUCACUUUGUCUUUGUAACAUUUUUUCCCCCACUGGUCACAGCCCACUCCCUUUUGUACAUAAUUGUAAGGUUAUUUAUAUUUCAUUCCUGUCUCCUGCCUUGCUUAUUUUAUUUUCUUCUGCCCCCUUCUUUCAUUGUUUUUUUUUUUCUUUUUUAAAAGAUGUAUAUUGAACUGUAUCGUAUCGGGACCAUUUUGAAAUGUUUUGUUUUGGCCAUGCUUAAUUUGGUAUAAUUGUCUUAAGCAAAUGCUAUUUUUUAAUUUGCCUAUGUUUGUUUCUAGUGUUUUGUUAUUCAACAUUUGAAUAUAUGUAUAUAUAAUUAUAUAUAUAUAUAUAUAUAUAAAAAUUAUAUAUAAUUAUAUAAUGCCAAAUGGCCUUUCUAAACAAGAUACUGUUCAAACCUAAUAAAGUGCUUGAGAUUUUA